CCAGGGCACAACGUAAACUAAAAUGGCCGAUUAUGUUUUGUUUCCUCUGGUUGAGCCCAAAUCAAAAUAUGUAAUGUUUUGUUAGUGAACGGUUUCUUCAUCGGGAAGACGAUCACCGUUUAUUCUAAGUUUCCGUCAUGAGAUAAUUGUUGUUAGUUCGCGUUUUCCGUACGCGGAUCCCCAGGCCUCAUGUGCCAUACGAGAAGACUGCUUAACAAGACUGAAGACGUUGACGAUAGCAAAGACUGACUUCAGGUGUUAUGAUGGAUGAGGCUUCUCGGAGUGAAGAUGAGCCGGGUGACGAACAGGACGAUUCCCAACCGGAAUCCGCCCCAUCACUUCCAAGCUCGACCAGAGAGAUAAGAAACAAGGCUGAAAAACAGCGAAGGGACAAACUGAACCAGUUCAUCAAUGAGCUCGCCAUGCUGGUUCCGAUGGUCUCUUCUUCAGCUAAACGUCUGGACAAGACAAGCAUACUACGACUCUCGGCGACUUUCUUACGAAUGCACCAAGUUUUGCUGAAAAGAGAUACAAGCACGGAGCAGCUCCGUUUACCUAUUGAAUGGUGUCAGUCGCUUCUCGAGGGAAUGGACGGUAUUUUGCUCGUCGUCACAGCGUCAGGGAAAAUUGUGUUCGUCACUCACAACGUUGAGACCAUCCUUGGCCAUCCUCAGACUGAUCUUUUGGGCCAAUCUCUCUACAACAUCACAUCGCUCGAAGAUCACGAGGAGCUAAAAAGAGCUUUGAAGUCAGAUGCUGAAUCCAAUUUGCCUUCAACGUUGGACGCAGCUUCUUCGUCCCUGGUCACAGAAACGAAAAGGCAGCCUGAGAGGCGAUCGUUUUACCUCCGGCUUCGGCAGAAAUCCGUAUCGAAGAGCGAUCAACCGCAGUUUGAACUUGUUCAUGUUAUGGGUCAUUUACGUGUCCCUCCGCCAUCCAGCCAAACAAAGAAAAACCGAACCGAUACUCAUAUAUCAAAUGAAGCUAUACUCGUCGCCAUGAUGAAGCCCUUCAAAGAAAAACGUGUCACCGAGAACUCUCUGAUAGAGGCAACACGAGAAGAAUGGGUCAGCAGGCAUCUUAUCGAUGGAACCAUUGUGUUCUCUGAUCAUCGUAUAUCAGUCGUAUCUGGCUACAUGUCAGAUGAAGUGACAGGAAUACAUGGAUUCAGGUACAUGCAUCAAGAUGAUGUCAGAUGGGUCAUGAUUGCUUUGAGGCAAAUGUACUAUCGAGGAGAGAGUUAUGGAUCAAGUUGUUAUCGGCUAAUGAGUAAAAAUGGAGAAUUUAUUUACAUCAGAACGCAUGGUUAUUUAGAGCUCAAUGAAGACACCAAUUCAGUACAGUCCUUCAUUUGUAUCAAUACACUUGUUUCCCAAGAAGAAGGUGAAGCACAGAUAGCAGCGAUGAAAUCGCUUUAUACACCUUUGGUGACACAGGGAGAUAACCUCGUCUCCGGAAUUGCCGAUCCGAGAUAUUUAAAGAAUGUACAGGACAGCGGAAACGGAAGCUCGUUAUUGCAGCCUCUCAUGGUGGACAAUCCGACCGAAUUGAAAACAGCGAUCGAGCAACUGUUGUCCAACCUUCCUUCCGACCAAAUUCACCCUUCGUCCAAUGACCCUGCACCCGAUUAUCAAUUUGCAAAAGCUGCAAUGGUUUCAAGGACUAUGCCUCCAGUCACGGUCCAUACUAGCAAGAUGGGAGUACAGAGGAUGCCUAUGAUCAAGAAAGGCCCAAGGUACACAAGACCUUCAGUCAUAACUAGGGCUAAAGAAAAAAGAGUUAUUACUGAAGAUGAUUCAACUGUUGUUAAGCGUCAUCGACUUGAAACAAGUGUAAUUACUAUGGCUGAUACUAGCAGAUCUGUCAUUCGUGCUCGAGAAGAGUAUGUUGAAGGGGAUCCAGGCAGUUCGAUAUUAAGAGAGACUUCUUUCAUCCCAGUCGCAGAACCAAACUCUCCUCCGCAACCCGUUUACAUCGCUUCACCCCAAGAAUCCUCAUUACCUCUUCAAGGCGCUUCGUAUGAGCUAUCCCCUGACAACAGACUAGUAAUACCCACUCAGCCUUCGGAGAUUUUGUUUUCAAACGAUCUGUUAAACAUUGAAGACAGAGAGACGUUCAUAAAUAUAUCAGGAGAACUUGAUGAGACACUGCAGGUCCCGACGGUAGCUCUAUGGGAAAGUGAUAUAAGCACGUUGGAAGAGGGUGUUUCACGAGGACAGAGUCACUUAGAAGACCGCAUUCAGUACCAGGGUACGCAAAUCCAAGCAAUUGAGGAAGAUUUGACGUCAGUACAAUUCGAAAGCGGCGGACAAAUGAGAUUUUCAACUUUGUCUCAACUGAAGGCGGAAUAUGAGAAGCAACAUAAGCUAUUAAAGACACUUCAACAAGACCAUCAGAAUAUUCAAAAUUGCAAGGAACAGGUUCCAAUUUGUGGUGCUCAAGACAUAAAUGUUUAAUAAAAUCUUGAUUUGCUCUCGUAAUUUUUCUGAAUUAAAUCAGUCAAUUUUUUUUUCUUGUAUUGUCCUGAUUUAUUUCCCAGUAGGUUUUAUGAGAAAAAACUAUCAAAGAAUAAAUAAAUAUAAUAAAUAAGUAAAUAUGUAUAUUUAUUUAUUUAUGUACAAUUUUAUUAUGGGCUUAUAUAAAUUUAAAAAAUAAAAAACUAAGUGUAAAGGUAUAUUGCAUAAUUAAUCUUCCGAUUUAGCCAAUUUGAUACAGAAAUAGUUCAGGCAUUUAGUAAAGAUUUAGUUAAAAGAAAAGAUGUCAAAAAAACUAUUUAUAUAAAUAUAUAUUAGUGUUUUUAGCUGAAAUUAUACACAUUUGUAUACAUAUUUUGUAUUAUAUACAGUUUUAGAAUUCAUACUUUUUUUAUUACUUGAAAAAAGUUUAAAAUGUAUAUUUCCAGUCAAGCUGGAAAAUUUUAAUAGUGUAUUUUUGCACUUGACACUGCAUUGCAUUUAUUAAAAAAAAAAGAAAAAAGUAGAUUGAGGCUAUUGGCCUGAAUUGAACAAGGGAACGAGUCAGAAUGAGUCAAUGACUUCUUAAAGUAUAUUUUUUGGGCUCUUUCUCGUCCGUCGGAUGAGUCCAUUAAAUUUGCAUAUUUCGACAACAAAAUACUGCCAUAGCUCUAGAAAUUUUAUUCUAAGUGUCAUUCGAAAAAGGCUGAAUUUUAAGGAAAACUUUCAAUAUUUUGCAUCCAGUAAUUUGUAUCAACCGGACAAUAACGCUACAAGAAAAAAACCUUUUUUGUGAUUUAAAAAAAAAAA